AUGGAGUUGGCAUUUUCGUCAGUCGUCGACCCCUCGCUGUACAACUCGCAUGGGCUGUGCGAUGGCGGCGAAGUGCGGUUGCACAACAGCCACGAGCUUGGAGAUCUCGGCUCCAUCCUGGGCCAAAAGGACUGGAGCGAGAGCGUGGAGCCGUGCCAAUACUACGCGGGAACCAUGAGUGCCCGCUUCAACGUCGUUUCGGUGGGAUUUCCUGGCUGCAUCCCCGACCAGCUGGAGAUGGUCUCGUACGGGGCCGAGAUUGGAUUUCUCGCCGAUGAUCUUGCCGUUCUCGCUAAUGAUCUUGCCAAGUACGGUGACGAGCCCAAGCAUACCGAGGUGCUUGGUAACAUGAUUGACACAUUCAGACCCGGGGGCCAGCGUUCUUCUCAGAGCUCCCGGGCCUCGGGAAAGAAGGGGGUGCUUGUAAAGCCAAGUCACAGAAUUCUCAGCAUCGACAGAGAGCGUGCUGUCAAGGCAGAGAUCAUCAAGUAUUGGAAUGAGCUGCAGAGAAACAUCGAGAAAGCUCGCGAAGCAGGCUGCUACUCAGCUGAGUUGUUGCGCUUCCUCGAGUCGAUGAAAUACCUGCAUACCGGCGGUCUCGUGGGGAGCACCAGACGCCCUCGGUACAACGCGGCCGAGGAUUUCAGUCCCCGCCAGAGGGAGUGGACGAAGAACGGAAUCCCCAGCGAGGUGUGUCAACGAGGUGCUCGCAACGUCUGUUUGGAACAGGACGCUGCCCCCUCGACCACAGAGCCCCUAGCACCGGAGCGAAGGCUACAUUCGGACGAAACCGAGGCGGACGGCAGCGCUGGCACGAGGCGGAUUCUGAACGGCCAAGAAGACGACACUGUUGACGAGCUCGAGGUCAUGGUCGAAAUGAUCAAGGCCUAG